AUGACGGUUUCCAGGUUGGCGGCAGCGCAGGAGGCGGCGGGCGCGCAGGCUCGCGCGGCGCCAGCUGAUACCAUGGGCGGCGCGCACCAGCCCGCUACUCCGGGGCCCAGCUCGCUCUUUAUAUUCUCCGACGAAAAUCCUAUCCGGAGGUAUACAAAAUUUAUCAUCGAGUGGCCGCCCUUCGAGUACGCAGUGCUGCUUACCAUCAUCGCCAACUGCGUGGUGCUGGCGCUGGAGGAGCAUUUGCCCAACGGCGAUAAGACCAUCUUAGCACAGAAUCUGGAAAAGACCGAGGCGUACUUUUUAGGGAUAUUUUGUGUAGAAGCCUCGUUAAAAAUCUUAGCCUUAGGUUUUGUUUUACACAGGGGUUCUUAUCUUAGAAACAUUUGGAACAUAAUGGAUUUUUUCGUUGUAGUAACUGGGUCGAUGACGAUUUUCGCCGAAUACAACGUGGACGUUGACCUGCGGAUGCUGCGCUCGUUCAGAGUGCUCCGCCCGCUCAAGCUCGUCUCGCGGAUACCAAGUUUGCAAGUUGUAUUGAAGUCGAUCAUCAAGGCGAUGGCCCCAUUGCUGCAGAUCGGCCUCUUGGUGCUUUUCGCGAUCGUCAUUUUCGCUAUCAUUGGCCUCGAGUUUUAUUCUGGGGCUCUACAUAAGACUUGUUAUAGUUUAGAAGAUAUUAGUGAAGUAGUGAACGAUGGCGACAACCCGACACCAUGCAACGCCGACAACGAGACACUAGCGCCGUAUGGCGCGCACGUCUGCACCUACGACAAGAGCACGUGCCUGGAGAAGUGGGAGGGGCCGAACAGGGGCAUCACUUCCUUCGACAAUAUCGGCUUCGCUAUGCUCACCGUCUUCCAGUGCAUUACCAUGGAGGGUUGGACCGCUAUCCUCUAUUGGACAAAUGAUGCGUUAGGUAGUACGUUCAACUGGAUUUACUUUGUGCCUCUCAUAGUAUUGGGUUCAUUCUUUAUGCUCAACUUAGUUCUCGGUGUCCUUAGCGGUGAAUUUUCUAAUGAGAGAGGCCGUGUAGAGCGUAGAGCUCAGUUCCAAAAGGAAAGAGCACGGCAAAUGUUCAAUCAAGACUUUAACGGUUACAUUAACUGGAUCACUGAAGCAGAUUGUAAAAAUUGCUGUAUUUUCAGUGAAUUCGCUAAAGAAAGAGAGAAAGUAGAAAAUAGACAAGAAUUUCUUAAAUUAAGAAGACAACAGGUACUAGAGAGAGAACUUAAUGGCUACGUUGAGUGGAUUUGUAAAGCUGAGGAAGUUAUAUUAGCAGAAGAAAGGACGACGGAAGAAGAAAGAAUGCACAUAAUUGAAGCUCGAAGAAGAGCAGCAGCAAAGAAAAAGUUAAAAAACUUAGGCAAAAGUAAAAGCACAGAUACUGAAGAAGAAGAACAGGAUGAAGACUGUGGGGAUGACGGUUUUUUGAAAAGCAAAGCGCGAACAGCUGGAAAAUGUGCAAACUUCUGGAGGGCGGAAAAGAGGUUUCGAUUUUGGAUCAGACAUACAGUGAAAACACAGUGGUUUUAUUGGUUUGUUAUCGUGUUGGUGCUUUUCAAUACGAUAUGCGUAGCUGUUGAGCACUAUAGACAACCUAAGUGGCUUACUUCCUUUUUAUACUAUGCCGAAUUUGUGUUCUUGGGGUUAUUUAUGAUGGAAAUGUGGGUGAAAAUGUAUGCCCUCGGGCCGCGGAUUUACUUCGAGUCCUCGUUCAACCGCUUCGACUGUGUCGUUAUAUCCGGCUCCAUCUUCGAAGUGGUGUGGUCAGAAGUAAAGGGCGGCUCUUUCGGUCUCUCUGUCCUUAGGGCUUUGAGGCUAUUGAGGAUAUUUAAGGUCACAAAAUAUUGGUCGUCGCUACGUAAUCUUGUGAUAUCUCUUCUAAACUCAAUGAGAUCUAUUAUCUCGUUGCUGUUUCUUCUAUUCUUGUUCAUUCUUAUCUUUGCUCUGCUUGGGAUGCAAUUAUUUGGUGGACAGUUCAAUUUCGAGGGAGGCACGCCGCCAACGAACUUCAAUACAUUUCCGAUCGCACUGCUUACUGUCUUCCAGAUUUUAACAGGCGAGGAUUGGAAUGAAGUAAUGUAUGAUGGAAUCCAGUCUCAGGGCGGUAUUCAGAGUGGCAUGAUCUACUCGCUGUACUUUGUUAUUCUUGUACUAUUUGGGAACUACACACUGUUGAAUGUGUUUCUUGCUAUCGCCGUCGACAACUUGGCUAAUGCUCAGGAAUUAACAGCAGCCGAGGAAGAGCAAGUCGAAGAAGAUAAGCUUGCAGAAUCGGAGAAACUUGCGGUGGAUGGAUCGCCACCUCUUAACGUUAGUCAGUCAUCAGCGAGUAGGAAGAACAAAAAGAAAGAGGAGGCCAAAAAAGAUGAAGAAGAGAUACCAGAUGGACCAAAACCAAUGCUGCCAUAUUCGUCCAUGUUUAUUUUGUCACCUACUAAUCCCAUUAGACGAGGCGCACACUGGAUAGUAAAUUUAAGAUAUUUUGAUUUUUUUAUCAUGGUAGUUAUUUGCAUGAGUUCUGUGGCUUUAGCGGCUGAAGACCCCGUAGUUGAAGAAAGUGACAGAAAUAAAGUGUUAAACUACUUCGACUACGCGUUCACGGGGGUGUUCACUGUGGAAAUGCUGCUCAAGAUCGUGGAUCUCGGCAUCCUGUUCCACCCUGGCGCGUACUUGCGCGACCUGUGGAACAUCAUGGACGCCGCGGUCGUCAUCUGUGCCCUAGUCAGCUUCGGUUUUGAGAUCGGAGGUGUAAAAAAAGGGGCCGGGCAGAACUUAUCCACGAUAAAAUCGUUACGAGUGUUAAGAGUGCUCAGACCUUUAAAAACUAUAAAACGUGUUCCAAAGUUAAAAGCAGUGUUUGACUGUGUUGUGAACUCUUUGAAAAAUGUCAUAAACAUUCUCAUUGUGUACAUAUUGUUUCAAUUCAUAUUCGCUGUAAUUGCGGUUCAACUUUUUAAUGGUAAAUUUUUUCACUGCAACGAUAUCAGUAAGAAUACUUUUGAAGACUGCCAAGGAUCGUAUUUCAUGUACGAGCCAAACGUCCUCCUGCCGAAAGUGGCGAAACGCCAGUGGACGACGCAAUCCUUCCACUACGACAACGUCGCCUCCGCCAUGCUUACACUAUUCGCCGUGCAGACGGGAGAAGGCUGGCCUCAAGUAUUACAAAAUUCAAUGGCCGCCACUUACGAAGACAGGGGACCCAUACAAAAUUUUCGAAUAGAAAUGUCCAUAUUUUAUAUAGUUUACUUUGUGGUGUUUCCGUUCUUCUUUGUCAACAUAUUCGUAGCUCUGAUUAUCAUCACAUUUCAAGAGCAGGGCGAAGCUGAGUUACAAGAUGCUGAAAUAGAAAAGAAUCAGAAAUCGUGUAUAGAUUUCACGAUAGAAGCGCGGCCUUUAGAGAGGUAUAUGCCAAGUAGAAGGGGAAGUCUUAAGUACAAAGUGUGGAGAAUAGUAGUCUCUACACCUUUUGAGUACUUCAUCAUGGCACUUAUUGUGCUAAAUACAUUGUUGCUCAUGAUGAAGUAUUAUAAUCAAAAUGACGUCUACGCGGAGAUCCUCAAGUAUUCGAAUAUGGGGUUUACUGGAAUGUUUUCUGUGGAAACAGUGUUGAAAAUCAUCGCUUAUGGUGUCAAAUUUCACGAGGCUCCACCGAUGCUCAUGGACGUGUUAACAGUCAUGAACAUAGUCUUUACAUUCUUCUUUCUCCUCGAGACAGUUUUGAAGUUAAUUGCCUUCGGAUGUACGAAUUUUUUCAAAGACCCUUGGAAUACGUUUGAUUUUAUUACGGUCAUUGGAAGUAUUAUUGACGCCCUCAUCAUGGAAUUUGGCAGCGACCUUGCUGAAAACUGUGCUGACAUAUCCUGUCAGCAGGAAAACACAUUCAACGUUGGUUUCCUCCGCCUCUUUCGAGCCGCGCGACUGAUCAAGCUGCUUCGACAGGGCUACACCAUUCGAAUACUUCUCUGGACGUUCGUGCAGAGUUUUAAAGCCUUACCCUAUGUGUGCCUUCUAAUCGCGAUGCUAUUCUUCAUUUAUGCCAUUAUCGGGAUGCAGGUGUUUGGUAAUAUAGAAUUAGCAGCUGAAUCUGAUAUGAACAGACACAACAACUUUCGAAGUUUUAUACAAGCGCUCAUGUUAUUAUUUAGAUGUGCUACAGGAGAGUCGUGGCCGAAUAUAAUGUUAGCUUGUCUAAAACCGGCCAAGUGCGAUAAAGCGGCUGAGAAGUCCGCCAAUGAGCCCUGCGGAAGCACACUAGCAUAUGCUUACUUUGUGUCAUUCAUAUUCUUCUGUUCUUUUCUUAUGUUGAAUUUAUUCGUUGCCGUCAUUAUGGAUAAUUUUGACUAUUUAACGAGAGACUCGUCCAUUCUUGGAGCGCAUCAUUUAGAUGAAUUUGUCAGAAUAUGGGCUGAAUAUGAUCCGAAUGCUACAGGGAAAAUUCACUACACAGAAAUGUACGAUAUGUUAAAAAAUAUGGAUCCGCCUCUAGGUUUCGGUAAUAAGUGUCCUAACAGACUAGCAUACAAGAAAUUAAUUAGGAUGAAUAUGCCGUUGGACGAAGAAGGGAAAGUUAAUUUCACAACUACACUAUUUGCCUUAAUCCGAGAGAACCUCAGCAUUAAGAUGAGAUCUGCGGAAGAAAUGGACCAAGCCGAUGAAGAACUGAGAGAAACAAUAACCAACAUUUGGCCACUACAGGCGAAGAAGAUGCUAGAUUUGCUGGUGCCUCGAAAAGAUGUUCUCAAUGCAGGGAAACUAACGGUUGGAAAGAUAUACGCAGGACUUCUCAUCCUAGAGAGCUGGAGAUCGACUAGGUUUGGCAAGAACGAGCCGAAGGUUCCGGCAUUCAGCGAGAAUAGCCCUACGGCCAAUCAGCCGAUUGCGCAAGUGUUGGGAGAGUGGGAUGAUGUGGGGUGCGUGGUGCAGAAGGCGUCAAUCUUAAACUGCCUGCUGGAUGCGGCGGCGGCCGGGUUGGUCCCGGGCUCGAGGACUGGCUCUUUGAGUCAUGAGAUUCCAGGGAUCGGAGAAGGCCACCAGGAAGAUCCACACACUAUAGCGAACCUCGCUAAACGCUCAACAAGAAGGUCGUUCAAGAACAACAAAAAGGUGCUGGAGUUACAAGAUGUGGGGUCUCAUCAUGCGUCCAUGGAAUCCUUAGAUGAAGCAAGGUUACAGCCACCUCAUGCAUACCAAAAUGGACAUCACGGAAGGUCGUCUAGUUUAAGACGAUCUCCAAGUCCCAGACGGCGAGGGCAUUACGGAGGCUACCACCACGAGAUAGGCUUCUCCGACACAGUUAACAAUGUCGUCGAAAUAGUCAAACACGAACAUCAAAGACAUGGCCGUACACAUAGAGCGCCCCAUCACUACCACCCGCAUGGGAAGGAGUGGAGGGCGCCGUACCCCACGACCAGCCUGAGCCAGCCCUCGCGAUCGCCCAGCCCGCCACACCACACCUACGUUUGGGCAUCAAUAGGUGGUGAACGUGAUCGGGAAAGAGAUCGUGAAUGGCGGGAAUGGCGCGAGCGGUCGUGGGAGCGAGAGGGAGGCAAGCGCGGCCGUGGCCGGCAGCUCCCUCCGACGCCUACUAAGCCGUCCACGCUACAUGUAAAGCAACAGCCAUUCAGCAGAAUUAGCCACAGCCCCUCGCACUUAUCAUUGAGGCAUACUACUCGAGAACCAUUAGAGCCUCUACACGACGAGUACGAGUACGGUCGAGAAGUUGAAAGACUGAUACACAGAGACUAUAGAUCUAGAGAGAGUCUCAAUGAAACCGGGCGUGAGUUCGGCAGGCGCGGAUGGGGUUACGAGUCUGAGCGCAGCGGGCGCUCAUACGAGGCGCCGCUGAGCUACGAGGCGGCGCUGGCGAUGGGGCGUGGCGGCGGCGCGCGCGCGCUGCCCUCGCCGGCCGCACCGCGACUGCCCAACGGCUACAAGCCGCGCGCGCGACACUCCGACUCCGACGAGGACGACUGGUGC